AUGCCUUUAAGUGAAGAACAACAAUUUGAAUUGGAUCAAUUCAAAAAGGAAGUUGAAUUAAGGAAUCCAUCUGAUUUUUUACAAUUUGGUGCUAAUUAUUUCAAUCAAAGAUUAGAGGUGCAAAGAAAAUUUAUUAAAAAGCAAGAAGAGUUGAGUUUAUCGAAAGGUAUUGUCUUAUUCCCUCCUAUGUCACAGCAUGAUUCUAUAUCUUUAACCUCUCCGCAAAUGAUCAAUUCUCGUUCUCAAUCAAGAACUUCUAUCACCUUUUCUAAUCCAAAUUUUGGUUCUAGCUCAAAACUUUCAUUAUCCAAAACAACAACAGUAGCAGCAGCUAGCAAGAAUAAUAGUAGAAGCGAAAGUGAGGACCCAUUAGCUAAAACCCCUGAUAAUGAGAAUUUACUCUUUAAGCCAUCUUUCGCUACUGAUGAAGAUCCAAUUAGUAAUAUAAGUAUAAGUACAAAUAAUUCACAAGUUUCAAUAAAGGCACCUGUUCCUGCACCUUCCUCUUCUUCUCCUAUCACAUCUGGUUCUCCAAUUUCCAUUACACAGAAUUCCUCUAAUCCAUCCACUUUUAAUAAUAAUAUUUUUAAGGGUGGGUUUAAUAUAGGACAAGAGGCUUCUAGAAAGAGAAUCAAUUCUCCUUUGGAUCCAUCUGAUCCUACAACAAAACGUAAGUCUACCCCACCACCAAACUCAUCUUCCGAUAUUUCUUCUAAUGAUAACAACUCAAAGCAGCAGCAACAACAACAACAAGAAGUUUUUCAUCCAAUUCCAUCUAGAUUCAAUGCAGAAAGACGUACUUCUGUUAGUGGUGAAACUCUACAACCAUCUCACUUUGAUAACUGGACUCCAGAAAAUUAUAAAGAAAAGACGGAGGCUCAAUUGAAAAGAUUGGAAAAAUCAAUUGGUAAGAAUUUCUUAUUUAAUAGAUUGGAUCCAGAUUCCAAGAAAUUAGUCAUUAAUUGUCUUGAAGAGAAGCACGUUGAGGCAAACGAUAUCAUAAUUAAACAAGGUGAUGAGGGUGAUUAUUUCUACAUUGUAGAGGAUGGUAACGUUGAAUUCUACGUUAACGAUGUUAGAGUUAGCACAUCAGGCCCAGGAUCUAGUUUUGGUGAAUUGGCUUUAAUGUAUAAUAAUCCAAGAGCUGCUACAGUCGUGGCCACUACAGAUUGUAUACUUUGGACUUUAGAUAGAUUAACGUUUAGAAAAAUCUUAUUGGGUUCUUCUUUUAAAAAGAGAGUAUUAUAUGAUGAUCUAUUGAAAUCUAUCCCAGUUUUACAAAAACUGACUACUUAUGAACGUAGUAAAUUAGCUGAUGCAUUAGAUACUCAAUAUUUCAAUUCAAAUGAAAUUAUUAUUCGUGAAGGUGAUAGAGGUGAAAAUUUCUAUUUGAUUGAAUAUGGUGAAGUUCAAGUGAUUAAAGAGGGUAAAGGUGUCAUAGCUACAUUAGGUAAGGGUGAUUACUUUGGUGAAUUAGCCUUAUUAAAAGAUGUUCCACGUCAAGCUACUAUCAAAACAACAAAAAGGACUAAAGUAGCUACUUUAGGCAAAUCUGGAUUCCAAAGGUUGUUAGGACCUGUUGUAGAAGUUUUAAAGUUAAAUGAUCCUACACGUUAG